CUUUACUCCAAAAUCAUCCGGACGGAGAGAGUAGCCUAUAAAACCCAUUGGACAAGUGAGCACGCAACAGUUCAUCCACACUUUGACACGUGCAAGCAAUCACUUAGCUGAAGUCACUUAUUCUUCACAAUUCCUCCAGAUUCUUAUGAAUCCACUCACACAUAUUUUUUCCACUAUAAAUAUUCUCAUCCCCAUAAAUUCAUUUUAUUUUCAAAUAAAAUUUAAAAUAAAAUAAAAAUCUUUCACAAUAAUCCAAUUAAAAAUCCAUAAAACACGUAAAAGUUAAAAAAUUAUUUCAGAAUAAACAGUACGAUGGCUCAAUUACUAACCCCAGUACAUGCUGAUCCAUUCAAAUUGCAGAAGCCAGUACAUACAUUUAAUGCAAAUUCAAGUAGAAAUAGGUGGAAUGUGCAUUCUACGCGCUUCCAUAAAUGGCGCGUGGUGGGUCAGAAUAGAAAAACGGGUCAUACCCGAGUUAAAGCAGUUGCUGAUGAUUCAGCAACAGUUGUUGAUGAGUUUGCUGAUGAUUAUUAUGCUGUUUUGGGUUUGUCACCAGAUGCCACACCACAACAAAUCAGAAAAGCUUAUUACAAUUGUAUGAAGGCGUGCCAUCCUGAUUUGAGUGGUGAUGAUCCAGAGACUACAAACUUUUGCAAGUUCAUCAAUGAGGUUUAUGGGGUUCUAAGUGAUCCAGUGCAACGCAUGGUGUACGAUGAAAUUCACGGCUAUUCUUUGACAGCAGUAAAUCCGUUCAUGGAUGAUUCGAGUCCUAGGGAUCAUGUGUUUGUUGAUGAAUUCAGCUGCAUAGGAUGUAAAAACUGUGCUAAUGUGGCAUCGGAUGUUUUCGAAAUUGAGGAAGAUUUUGGAAGGGCUAGGGUCUACAAGCAAUGUGGCGUGUCUGAUCGAGUGCAAACAGCAAUUGAAAGCUGCCCAGUUGAUUGUAUUCACUGGACUUCUGCUGCACAACUAUCUUUACUCGAAGAUGAGAUGCGGAGAGUAGAACGAGUAAAUGUUGCACUGAUGCUAGCAGGCAUGGGAGCUUCAUCAGAUGUAUUCAGAAUGGCUAGUUCUCGGUGGGAGAAACGACAAUCAAAAAUUCUGGAAAAAGCCAAAGCGAGAAUGAUGAAACAGAAGGGAACUAAUGCUGCUGAUUCGUACUGGGAUAACUUUUGGGGAAAUCCCAAGGAGUAUCAGACUACAGAGGAAGAAGUAAAAGAGCGAGCAAACAGAGCAGCAGCAGCAGCUCGAAGAUGGCGUGAAUACUCGAGGAAAGGGGCUGAUAAGCCGCCCAUGUAUAAACUUCCGGAGACAGUAGAAGUGUCUAAGGAGUAAUCAUCAUCCAACAUGUAUAUAAGUAUUUACCUUUUCUUUUUUCCUUCUUCAUUGGGAUUUUAUCUAAUAGUUCCUCUUACAAAUGUAUAGCUCACUAAAUGAUUCUUCUUCGAAUCUAAAUAAUUAGAACUGAAAUUAUGUAUAAUAUCAACCUAUAAAUGUAUAAGAAUAGGAGCUCCUCUGUAACGGGCCGCAUGUGCAACCUCCA